AUGGAUCGGCACCGGCCGCGGCUGCACCACCCGAAGCAGGGCUCCGGCGCCGGGGCCCCCUAUCCCGCCGCCGCCGCGCUUCGCGGCUGCCGGGAAAGCAAGAUGCCGCGCAGGAAGGGCCCCCAGCACCCUCCGCCCCGCGCCGCUGAGGAGCCUGGAGAGAAACGCCCCAAGUUUCAUUUAAAUAUUAGGACCCUGACGGAUGAUAUGCUGGACAAAUUUGCCAGCAUAAGAAUUCCAGGGAGCAAGAAAGAGAGACCUCCACUUUCCAACCUGAAAACUGCGUUUGCAAGCAAUGAUUGCUCUUCGGAGGUGAUGGAAAACAUUCCAAAGCCACUGUCACAGAAUGAAGUCUUAGAACUUUUCGAAAAGAUGAUGGAAGAUAUGAAUUUAAAUGAAGAUAAGAAGGCACCAUUGCGGGAAAAGGACUUCAGCAUCAAAAAAGAAAUGGUGUUGCAGUACAUUAAUACUGCUUCCAAGACAGGAAGUCUUAAGAGUAGGCGACAGAUCUCACCUCAGGAAUUCAUCCAUGAACUGAAAAUGGGGUGUGCAGAUGAGAGACUUGUCACAUGUCUGGAGUCCCUCCGCGUGUCUUUGACUAGUAAUCCUGUGAGUUGGGGGGAGAGUUUUGGACACGAGGGGCUUGGAUUAUUACUGGACAUUUUGGAAAGACUGAUUAGUGGCAAAAUACAAGAAAAAAUUGUAAAGAAGAAUCAGCAUAAAGUCAUACAGUGUCUAAAGGCUUUGAUGAAUACACAGUAUGGCUUGGAAAGAAUUAUGAGUGAAGAGAGGAGUCUUUCUUUAUUAGCCAAAGCCAUCGAUCCCGAGCACCCAAGUAUGAUGACAGAUGUGGUGAAACUCCUGUCUGCGGUGUGCAUUGUAGGAGAAGAAAGCAUCCUUGAAGAGGUUUUAGAAGCUUUAACAUCAGCUGGAGAAGAAAGAAAAAUUGACAGAUUUUCACCUAUUGUGGAAGGUCUCCGGCAUGAUUCAGUUCAAUUGCAAGUAGCGUGUAUGCAGCUCAUCAAUGCCCUUGUUACAUCUCCUGAUGAUUUGGACUUCAGGCUCCACAUCAGAAAUGAAUUUAUGCGUUGUGGAUUGAAAGAGAUCUUGCCAAACUUAAAACGUAUGAAGAACGAUGGCCUGGAUAUCCAGCUUAAAGUGUUUGAUGAGCAUAAGGAAGAAGAUUUGCUUGAGUUCUCCCAUCGCCUUGAAGAUAUUAGAGCUGAACUUGAUGAAGCAUAUGAUAUUUACAACAUGGUGUGGAACUCAGUUAAGGAAACUAGAGCAGAGGGAUAUUUCAUUUCUAUUCUUCAGCAUCUUUUGCUGAUUCGAAAUGAUUAUUUUAUAAGGCAACAAUACUUCAAAUUAAUUGAUGAGUGUGUAUCUCAGAUUGUAUUGCAUAGAGAUGGGAUGGAUCCAGACUUCACAUAUCGAAAAAGACUAGAUUUAGAUUUAAGUCACUUUGUUGAUACUUGCAUAGAUCAAGCUAAACUAGAAGAGUUUGAAGAGAAAGCAUCGGAACUUUACAAGAAAUUUGAAAAAGAGUUUACCGACCACCAAGAAACUCAGGCCCAACUGCAGAAAAAGGAAGCAAAGAUUAAUGAACUUCAAGCAGAGUUACAAGCUUUUAAGUCACAGUUUGGUGCCUUGCCAGCUGGUACGAAUAACGCUUUGCCGCUGUCCAGAGAAAAUGGAACUGGCCCCCCAGCACUGGCUCCUCCCCCGCCGCUGCCCUCCUGCGGAGGCGGGCCGCCUCCACCCCCUCCCCCACCCCCUCCUCCACUUCCAGGAAUGCCAAUGCCCUUUGGUGGUCCUGUGCCCCCACCACCUCCCCUGGGAUUUCUCAGCGGGCGAAACUCUCCUCCUCCACCAACCCUACCAUUUGGGUUAAAACCAAAGAAAGAAUUUAAACCUGAAACCAGCAUGAGGAGAUUGAAUUGGUUAAAGAUCAGACCUCAUGAAAUGACUGAAAACUGUUUCUGGAUAAAAGCAAAUGAAAAUAAGUAUGAAAAUGUGGAUUUGCUUUGUAAACUUGAGAAUACAUUUUGUUGCCAACAAAAAGAGAGAAGAGAAGAGGAAGAUUUUGAAGAGAAGAAAGCUAUUAAGAAAAAAAUUAAAGAGCUUAAAUUUUUAGAUUCUAAAAUUGCCCAGAACCUUUCAAUCUUCCUGAGCUCUUUUCGGGUGCCAUAUGAGGAAAUCAAAAUGAUGAUACUGGAAGUGGAUGAAACACAGUUGGCAGAGUCUAUGAUUCAGAACCUAAUAAAGCAUCUUCCUGAUCAAGAACAAUUAAGUUCAUUGUCUCAGUUCAAGAGUGACUAUAACAACCUAUGUGAACCUGAGCAGUUUGCUGUUGUGAUGAGCAAUGUGAAGAGACUACGGCCACGGCUCAGUGCUAUUCUCUUUAAGCUGCAGUUUGAAGAGCAGGUGAACAACAUCAAACCUGACAUCAUGGCUGUCAGUACUGCCUGUGAGGAGAUAAAGCAGAGCAAAAGCUUCCGCAAGUUGCUGGAACUUGUGUUGCUAAUGGGAAACUACAUGAACGCGGGCUCCCGGAAUGCUCAAACCUUCGGAUUUAACCUUAGCUCUCUCUGUAAACUAAAGGACACAAAAUCAGCAGAUCAGAAAACAACACUACUUCAUUUUCUGGUGGAAGUAUGUGAAGAGAAGUACCCUGAUACCCUGAAUUUUGUGGAUGAUUUGGAACAUUUAGACAAAGCCAGUAAAGUCUCUGUAGAAACGCUGGAAAAGAAUUUGAAGCAGAUGGGAAGGCAGCUUCAACAGCUUGAGAAAGAUUUGGAAACCUUUCCCCCUCCUGAGGACUUGCAUGAUAAGUUUGUGACAAAGAUGUCCAGCUUUGUUAUCAGUGCAAAAGAACAAUACGAGAAACUUUUUAAGUUACAUGAAAAUAUGGAGAAGUCAUACCAGAGUAUGAUGGGAUACUACGCCAUUGAUGUGAAGAAGAUGUCUGUGGAAGACUUUUUAAAUGACUUGAAUAACUUCAGAACCACAUUCAUGCAAGCAAGAAAGGAGAAUGUCAAAAAAAGAGAAGCAGAGGAAAGGGAAAAACGUGCCCAAAUAGCCAAAGAAUUGGCAGAGAAGGAAAGGCUUGAACGCCAACAAAAGAAAAAGCGCUUAUUAGAAAUGAAGACUGAGGGUGAUGAGACAGGAGUGAUGGAUAGUCUGCUGGAGGCUUUGCAGUCGGGGGCUGCCUUCCGCGACAGAAGAAAAAGGACACCAAAACCAAAAGAUAUUCGGCAAAGUCUCAGUCCCAUGUCUCAGAGGCCUGUUCUGAAAGUUUGUAACCAUGAAAAUCAGAAAGUGCAGUUGACAGAAGGGUCACGUUCACACUACAAUAUCAAUUGCAACUCAACGAGGACUCCAGUCGCCAAGGAGCUUAAUUAUAAUCUAGACACUCAUACGUCUACGGGGAGGAUCAAGGCAGUUGAGAAGAAGGAAGCCUGUAAUGUAGAAAGCAACAGAAAAAAGGAAAUGGAACUUCUUGGCUCUGUUUCUAAAAACGAAUCUGUUCCCGAAGUUGAAGCCCUGCUGGCAAGAUUACGAGCUUUAUAAAUUAAACUGGUAAAAAAUGAUUAAGCCAAACAUAAAGCCAUGCUCCAAGCUAUACCACUUGAAAAAAAAAAUUGCUUUUUAUAUAGGUGACUUUAUAUAGUUUAAAUUAUGAUAUAUGUUAGAAAAAUAAAGCUAAAUAACAUGAUUGUAGUGCUUUUUCUAUGUACUUGAGGUCUUGGCUUAUUCAAGAUUGUAAUGGGUUUUAAUGCUUUUCUUGUCUCCUGGUAUUCAUGUGUUCUAUAUUUGGUGGUUAAAUUAUACAUAAUGCUUUAGAAAACAGGUAGGUGGCCAUGUGUUCAGCAAUGUGUCCUGAAGAAAAUACCAUUUUUCUAAGUCACUAAUUUUUACCGUCCUGUUUUCAGCAUUAGUGAACAUCAAAUCAUCAUUGUCAACUCUUGAUCUGUAUCCAUACAUAUUCCAUGCAUGUUGUUUAUAUGGGCCCAGGUUUCUCCUUUGCUCAGAUCUUCAUGCUAUCA